UUGAACAGGAAUGGACAUCGCUGUGAGGCGGUGAUCAUGUCGGUUAAUCGGUGUGUGUACCUGCUGUCCCGCUCACGCUUACAGCGCGGAUGUGCGGGACUCGUCUCACACCCUCCUGAUGCUGCCGGGCUGAGGAGCUCCGGACUGUGGGGACACAGACCAGCUCUGAUGAAAUCUCCUGUCAGGUUGAGAUCAUCAGAAGGGCAGUGGAAGGCUCCGGACACGUCGCUGUUCGUACCGCUGGUGGUGAAGGGUGACCGAGCUGAAGAUGGUGCGGUGGGAGCGGAGCUGACGCGGCCGCUGGAUAAAAGUGAACUUCUGAAGGUUCUGAACAGAUUUUAUAAGAGGAAGGAGAUGCAGAAACUCGCUGCUGAUCAGGGACUGGAUGCUCGUCUGUUCCAUCAGGCCUUCAUCAGUUUCCGUAAGUGUGUUCUGGAGAUGAACUCGGUCAGCGCUGACCUGCACAUCAUCCUGAACGAUAUCUGCUGUGGAGCCGGUCACAUCGAUGAUAUUUUUCCCUACUUCAUGAGGCACGCCAAGCACAUCUUCCCCAUGCUGGACUGUAUGGACGACCUGCGUAAGAUCAGCGACCUGCGUGUUCCAGCUAACUGGUACCCGGAGGCCAGAGCCAUUCAGAGGAAGAUUAUAUUCCACGCCGGACCCACGAACAGCGGCAAGACGUAUCACGCCAUCCAGAGGUACCUGGAGGCCAAGUCGGGGGUUUACUGUGGUCCUCUCAAGCUGCUCGCCCAUGAGAUCUUCGAGAAGAGUAACGGAGCAGGCGUGGCGUGUGACCUGGUGACGGGGGAGGAGCGAUCCUUCGUGGACCUGGAGGGUCGACAGUCGGAUCACGUGGCGUGUACCAUCGAGAUGUGCAGCGUCACGACUCCCUAUGAAGUAGCGGUGAUAGAUGAGAUCCAGAUGAUCAGAGACCCCUCCCGAGGAUGGGCCUGGACCAGAGCUCUGCUGGGUCUGUGUGCUGAGGAGAUCCAUGUGUGUGGAGAACCUGCAGCCAUCAACAUGAUCACUGAGCUGAUGUUCACCACCGGUGAGGAGGUGGAGGUGCGUAACUAUCAGAGACUGACUCCGUUCAGCGUGUCGGACCACGCGGUGGAGAACCUGGACAACCUGAAGCCCGGUGACUGCAUCGUGUGCUUCAGUAAGAACGACAUCUACUCAGUGAGCCGACAGAUCGAGAUCCGGGGUCUGGAAUGUGCCGUUAUUUACGGCAGCCUCCCUCCUGGAACCAAACUCGCUCAGGCUAAGAAGUUUAACGACCCGGAGGAAUCCUGUAAGAUCCUGGUGGCUACAGACGCGAUAGGAAUGGGUUUGAACCUGAGCAUCAGGAGGAUCAUCUUUAACUCCCUGCUGAAGCCCAGCGUGAACGAGAAGGGAGAGAAGGAGCUGGACACCAUCUCCACCUCUCAGGCUCUGCAGAUCUCCGGCCGGGCGGGGCGCUUCAGCUCCAUGUUUAAGGAGGGCGUGGUGACCACCAUGCACCGGGACGACCUGCCCGUCCUCAAGGAGAUCCUCAACAGACCUGUGGAUCCUGUGGAGACGGCGGGUCUUCACCCCACGGCCGAGCAGAUCGAGAUGUUCGCGUAUCACCUUCCUGAAGCUUCACUCUCCAACCUCAUCGAUAUAUUCGUCAGUCUCUCUCAGGUGGACGGUCUUUACUUCGUCUGUAACAUCGACGACUUUAAGUUCCUGGCCGAUAUGAUCCAGCACAUCCCGCUGAACCUGCGCGCUCGCUACGUCUUCUGUACCGCGCCCAUCAACAAGAAGCAGCCCUUCGUCUGCACCUCCUUCCUCAAGUUCGCCAGGCAGUUCAGCAGGGACGAGCCCCUGACGUUCGGGUGGGUGUGCAGACACGUCAGCUGGCCGCUCCUCCCCCCCAAAAACAUCAAGGACCUGGUUCACCUGGAGGCGGUGCAUGACGUGCUGGAUCUCUACCUCUGGUUAAGCUAUCGUUUCAUGGACAUGUUCCCCGACGCUAACCUCAUCCGUGACAUCCAGCAGGAGCUGGACGGCAUCAUCCAGGUCGGAGUGAGGAACAUCACGCGCCUCAUCCGUGCCUCCGAGUCCCAGACGGCCGCUUCGGGUUCUGCCGUCGAGGUUAAAUCCCCACAGUCACAGUCGCUGAUCCUGAGAAAAACCCGAGGCUCCAAAUCCCAGACUAACGCCAGACAGGACGUGCGGGGCGGAGUCGGUUCUCUGGGCUCUCGACUGGUUCAGGAGGGUCUGCUGACCCCGGAGCUCCUGCAGCAGCUCCAGAGAGAGUGGACCAAGGAGCAGAACCACCACAGCACAGAGACUGUGAACAGGAAGAAGAAGAAGAAGUGAGACGGCAGCGUCUGACGUUUUCUACGUUUAUAUCCGUUCUUAUUUCACUAACACAUCAGAUGUGAUUAUAAAUAAUAAUGUGAUUAUAGAUCUAUAUAAAUAUACUGUGAGGUUCCUUCACCAUCGCUGGACUGUAGUGUGUGAUGAUGAUGAUGAUGAUGAUGAUGUGAGUGUGUGUGAGUGUAGAAGUGCUCGACCACGCUAAAGGAUUUCAAUAAAACACUCAUUUUUUAAA